AUGCAUCAGGAACAAGACGCAUACCGUAAGCGGCUUAUCGCUUCGGUCGCUGCGACGGUCAUCUCCCUGGCCUGCGGCACAAACUACGUCUAUUCGGCAUGGGCGCCUCAGUUCGCCGAGAAGCUCAGGCUUUCCACAACGGAGAGCAACUUGAUCGGCCUGUUCGGCAACCUGGGCAUGUACACUCUGGGCAUUCCCAUUGGCAUGUUUGUGGACGACCGUGGAUCAAGACCUGCUGUGCUUGCCGGCGCCUUUUUCCUGGCUAUUGGCUAUAUCCCCCUCUGCCUCUCCUUUGAGAAAGCCGCGGGCUCUGUCCCCGUGCUCUGCUUCUUCUCCUAUCUGACUGGCCUGGGCGGUUGCAUGGCAUUUGCAGGUGCUGUCAAGACAUCUGCCCUCAACUGGCCGAGCCAUCGCGGAACGGCUACGGCCUUCCCGCUGGCUGGAUUUGGGCUCAGCGCCUUUUUCUUCUCAUUUCUCGGCGCUGUUUUCUUCCCCGGGAGCACCAGCUCCUUUCUGAUGCUCCUGGCAUGGGGCAGUUUUGGCCUGACUUUCUCCGGCUAUUUCUUCCUAAAGGUAUACCCUCAGGUAUCCUAUCAGGAGGUGCCCACCCAGGCAUCCGCAUCACAACCUUCUCGAGAGAGGGCGCGCAGCAUAACCGAACCUGGUACGUCAUCUAAUUCCGAUGCUGUUGACCCAAACCUGGACACAUCACCUCGGACCCCUCCAGCACCCGACGCCAGUCGCGCCGCUAUCUUCAGUGACACCGAAGCUGGUGAAGAUCCUCUGAUUGACGAGACAUCAACUUUGAUGCCCGAGGCUGUAACUGCAGACAUAGUUGGGCGCAGUAGUGUUGAUCAAGACGUGUCUCAUCGAGUAGAUAUACGAGGUGUAAAGCUCCUGUUCAGCCUGGACUUCUGGCAGCUGUUCUCCAUGAUGGCAAUCCUCGCUGGAACUGGCCUCAUGACUAUCAACAAUAUUGGAAAUGACGCAAACGCUCUCUGGAAACAUUAUGACCCCUCGGUCGACGAGCCGUUCCUUGUUAGCCAUCAACAGAUACAUGUAUCCAUCCUCUCCGUCUUCAACUUCGUUGGAAGAUUGCUAAGUGGAAUUGGCUCUGAUUAUCUGGUCAAAACUCUUCGUGCUAGUCGUAUCUGGUGCCUUGCCGUGGCCUGUCUCAUCUUUCUUCUGGCUCAAAUCUGUGCCCUACAAAUCGAGAUGCCGCAGAAACUUGUAUUUGUUUCAGGCCUUUCCGGCUUAGCCUAUGGUUUCCUUUUCGGCGUCUUCCCCUCCAUUGUUGCAGAGACGUUUGGCAUCCGCGGGCUGAGUCAAAAUUGGGGUUUCAUGAUGUUGGCUCCUGUUGUCUCGGGGAAUGUAUUCAAUCUGCUGUAUGGAAGGAUCUAUGAUCACCACAGCAUCGUCGAGCCUGAUGGCACGAGAUCCUGCGACGAUGGUAUUGCAUGUUAUCGCGGUGCGUAUACUGUUACCGCGACCGCGAAUGCUCUAGGAUUAGUCCUCACCCUGUAUAUCAUUCACCACCAGAGGGCCCGGUAUCUGAAGGGGAAAGACAAGCUAGACGAGGAAGACUGA